CAACCAUUUUGUGCCCAGUUAGUAUGGACAGCACUCCACCUCCGCAGCAAUGGAUUCCGUUCAGAUGAUAUCGCACAUCGAAAAAUCGCUCAACUACUCGGUGUAUGACGUAAAAUGGAUACCCUGUACGGCCAAGUUUGUGACCGUAGGUUCACAUCCAAAAGGCACGGGAACGGUACAAAUUUACGAGCUGAAUCGUGGCACGCUGGAUCUAGUGCGGGAGACGGAAAAGCAAGUUUCACUAAAAUGUUGCUCAUUUGGUGCUUCACGGUUACGGGCCGAACAUCUUGCGGUGGGUGAUUUCGCCGGCAAGCUUGCUGUGUACGAUCUUGAACGGUUAGAUGCGCCCGUGUAUGAAGCGACCGGUCACGAGGGAAUCAUCAACACGCUCGACGCUAUCGGCGGCUCGACGGUGAACUGUGGUGCGCCGGAAAUUGUUACCGGUGGGCGGGACGGUUCGGUGAAAGUGUGGGAUCCACGGCAGCCGAACGAUCCAGUAGCGAACAUUUGCCCGGCGGGUAAUUCUUCGUCCCUGCGACGAGAUUGUUGGGCGGUUGGGUUCGGCGACUCGUACAAUCCGGUAGAGCGAGUGAUUUGCUCCGGGUAUGACAACGGUGACCUUAAGCUAAUCGAUCUACGGAAUCUGCAGCUGCGCUGGGAAACGAACGUCAAGAAUGGUAUCUGUUCGGUGGAGUUCGAUCGGAAGGAUAUACGUAUGAACAAGCUGGCGGUAACAACGCUCGAAGGUGGCUUGCACGUGUACGAUAUGAGGACGCAGAAUCCCAAGAAUGGGUUUGCAUCGGUGAAGGAGAAAACUGUUGGCCAAUCGCUCGGCACGAAUGGUGUGAUUAGUGCGGCAAAGUCAACCGUCUGGACGGUGAAGCAUCUGCCGCAGAAUAGGGACAUUUUUGUUACCGGUGGUGGAUCGGGCAAUGUUCGCCUCUGGCUCUAUCAUUAUCCAGAAAAGCGGUCCAAAACGUUAACGGAUGGAGAAGAGGAGGGUGUUGCCGGUACGCUGGAAAUGCUGCACGCAACCACGCUUUCCACCCAACCCGUACAUACGUUUGACUGGAGCCCGGAUCGACAAGGUUUGGCCGUGUGUGGAUCGUUCGAUCAGACCGUGCGUGUAUUGAUUACUACCAAUUUAAACCUACAUUAAAUUUUAC